AUGCAGCAUCGUCUCCAGAGGAGCUGCGUAAGUCCUUCCAUCCGUUCUCCUAUUUUCCUUGUCCAAAACAGGCCUGAGUGGUUACCCAGCGCGAAACGCUACGAGCGACUCUCAAAAGGUCGCAACAACGCCCCUGGCGCUGGAUCCUCAGCCGACAGCCCAGUCCCAAGCCCAAAGAAGACUCCUACCAAGUCAUCGGUCGCAAAGCGCAAGACGGCACCGAAGACAGCUGCGUCAAAGAAGGCCGCUGCCAAGAAGGGGAAAGCGAUGAAGGUGUUUGCCGUUGCCCUCGCGGAAGUAUUGGUUAAGCAAAGGACUGACUUGGCAAAGGUUGAAGAGCAUUCCUCUGGAGAGGAUACUGAGAUCGAUGAGGCUGUGCUUGGGGCUGAGGGGGAGGAUUCUGAUGAGGAUGCUUGA